UUGUCGAUUGCUUUAUUGCUCAACUUAAAAAGCUGAAACAUUUUCAAAGAAAACGCAGUGAGCAGGUGAUAGCUUGAAAUAUGUUUUCAAGUUUCUUUCUGGCAUUUAUCCUGUCAUUAAUUGGGCCGAGCUUAGCCCAAAAGAAAAUGUGUCCAAAAAUAUUUUUCCAGAACAUCGACGAGAAUGUUUUGCCAUGGGUCCAAGUGGAAGGAGUUUACGAGUUAUUCUCGAACAAGGAUGGCUUUCCUGUCUAUCUUAAUCGUCCUUCGGGUCUCUUCUUCUACUACAGAGAUCUUACAUCGCAAGGAGAAAAGCUUCUCGCUUUUGGGCUCAAAGUCACAGAAACAUUUGGUGUUGUUGGUCGUCUCAGCAACGACUUUGAUCCGAUGACUUGGUUGUCGUCUGGCUUGCUAAAUGAGAAAGAUUUGUUCGGUGAUGUCGUGAAAGAGUGGUCGUACUAUUCACCACUCGAUAAGACAUUUAAAACUGUCUUAGGACCAUCUUACAUCAAAGCUAUUUGUGUGGACGAUGAAUACUUUCGAUGCAAUUCAGGCAAAGUUUAUUUGAAUGACACCGUCACCGGAAAUCAAGCUGAAAUUCUUAACGAUCCUCGAACGGACUUUUUCGCCAAAGUUCCGAACGUUUAUGAGUCGAUCCGUUCCGUAUUCAAGCACAGCCGACAGGAAUGGUAUUUAUACUACCGGGAUGGCUACUGGAGGGUUGGCACCAGUUAUACUGGAUCUGGGACCGAUUUACUUCGUACGAAAGAUCUAGCACAUAGGCCAGAGUACGUGACAAACUAUUGGGAAAGUUGGACUACAAAGGGAUGGACUGCUGGAAGUGGAUUGAGAAUGAAAUGUCGAGGAAUCGCCAAUGGAGAAAACGAAUGUUAUGACAAGCCUUGUAAUGGCCAGGGUACUUGCGUUUACACCGCUGAUAAUGAGACAGUAUGUCUCUGUCAGGACUCCACGCACGGACCGAACUGUGAAAAUAAAGACGCAUGCUCCGACCCGGGAAUUCCAGCUAACUCAAUUGAGGUAGUUCACGCCGGAAAUCGUCCGGGAGACAUUUCCACUUCGUUUUGCGCGACAGGCUACCGAUCUUCGCCCGUGGAGUUUUUCGUUUGCGAGCAGGAUCAUGGAAGGAAGAACUGGUUACUUGAGUCAAAGGCCACUUGUCAAGUCCCACCGCCUAUAACUUCUGGUCCGAUACCGCCUCAUACUUCAGUCCCCGCCCCAGGCCCUUUUCCAUAUCCCACGGGAAAUCCAGAGAAUAUCCCGACCAGUAAAAAGCCUUUGGAUCAGUCUGAAGCGUUCAUGAUAUUUGUCAUUGCUUUUUUCGCUUGUCACGUUCUUUGUCCAACUUUCAUAUGGUUAGGCAUCAUGCUAGUCAAAAUCGUCCGUUUUUCUCAAAGGAGCCGACCAGGAUCCCCAGAGCGUUUAGAAGCUGUUCAAAACGCAAUGCAAAGUCGAUAUAUGUUAAUGAUGCGGGUGUAUUCCAUUUUCAUGAAUUUCACUUUCUGGGUGUGGCUUUGCGCAGUUUGCGCAUGUCUGGCAACAGGUGAUGGCAAAGCGCGCUCAUUUACGUUUUAUUGGGCUGCUGUCAUGUGCGGAGUCUGCGCAGUGUUCGUUACCUUGGAGGCUUUUUUCUCGAGUGAAAGAGCAGCGUUACAUAACAUGUUCUCUUGGGAAUACGUCAAGUCUCUUCAGCGCGAGCCUCCGUCAAUUGAGAUGGUGAUUGACAGGUAUGAAUGGAAACACCAACGUAUGGCUGUCUAUCGGACAAAUGUUUUAACAGGACGCCAAGAAUACCAAGGAUCAGAAGAUCGCUGGAGUAAGGUCGGGAGGAAGACUGUUCGCCAGCCAUUUGUUUACUCGUCUUGGUGUGAUGAGUCAAAUUUAGAAGUCUCUGAAAAUGGACGACUUUUUAGGCUUCGUGUUCACAUAGACAUUACACUUGACAGAACGGCUGCAGAAUCGUUUGAAGUUCAAAAGUCAGCCUUAAUUGAGAAAACACGUCAUUUGAAUCAUCAUUUUGAUUUCUCCCGCGUGGAUAGCGUAGCCAAUCACCAUCCGUACGUUGUGUUGUACCAUAAGAAGGAGUCCGUGCCCUUCUGGAUGAACGAGCAGUUCUUCUGGUGUUUUACAUUUCUUCAGUUGUCUUGGAUUUACAGAUGGCUCUUCGUCUCUCAAACAAGCUCUCUUCAAUUUACGCUGAGAAAGAAGGUGUUUUGCCAACCUGUUUUCUCGGAACAGACCGCAUUUAAACAGGUUUAUCCUGCUCAAACUGUACCUGGCGCACAUGAUGACAUCAUACAGGACAUUGACGCGGCUAACAAGCCCUUGCUCAGCAAUCAGCAAAACUCUACAAAUUAUCUUUCAACCAUGAAUUCCACGAUCAAUUUUGACGAAUACCCCAGUGUUAUGCCACUGGUCAUUAGCUUGACUGUCUGUUUGCAAAUAUUGGUGCCGUGUUUGCUCGGCUGCUGUACUGGCUGCGUCAGUUUAAUCAGAUCGGUAGUCGAUUUCGAAAGACCGCUGAACUACUACGAACAGCUCAGAAAGAAAGAGAGGCAACAGUUUGAGGAGGAUCAGGAGAAACGACUACAGAAAGCUGCCUCUGCAAAAAAUCAAGAGGACCUCGAUCAAGCUGUCCAAGAAUAUCAACAAGCUGUCCUAGAUUAUGAGAAGAAAAUCUUAAGGGUAGAAAAAAAAUUCGAAGGAACUCGUCACACCUGUCCGUGCGCAAGGCUUGUUUCUAUGUGCAUGUCUUUCUCUUUCUAUCUGUGGCUUUUUUUCCUUAUUGGUUGUGAAAUGACUCAUUGCACCACCUACGGUUCAGUGUUUUACGUAAUGAAAAUCUUUGCCUCGGUGAUGCUUGGCGUCUGUGCCGUGAUCGUCCUGCUAGAGAGCUUCUAUUCCGAAGAGCUGCAUUACCUUAAAAACAUCGUAGAAGAUGACACAGCUUUGGAGUAUAUUCAACGCCUGCGAGAAGUCCCCCCGAGGAUAAACAUUGCUGUGGAGUGUUAUCAUCGCGAAGAGCGAAAUAGAACGGUCCACCGCAGGGACCUUAAACGAAACCGAGUAGCUCAUACAGAGACCUAUACUGUGAAAGUAGUGACACAACUGGCAUGUGAAGAGUUCAUAAUCGGGUCAUGGGUGGACGUUUCCAAGAGAGACAGGCCACCCCUGAAGGGCGUGGAUCUGGUUCGCAUUAAGUGCUACCCGAAAAUCUUAUUCGGUGACCAAGAAACAGAAGAGGUUUGUAAGAGAAAGCUGAAAGAAAUGUCAGAGAAGAUGGAAGGCUUGGACGAGUAUACCUCUCGCUGGAGAUAUACCGACUGGGCAUUUCUCGAUUUGACCUGGGGAAAGCGCAUCUCUGCCUAUACCGAUAUGAAUGUGAAGCCAUUUUGGAUGAGUCCCGUAUUUUACUGGAUCGCCACACUGCUGCAAAUGAACUGGCCUUACCGCUUGCUGUUUAGAGCCAGAACAGCGGAGAUAAACCUGUUUAUCAUUAAAAAGGUGUACUGGAAUACAACACGACCAAGAGAGGUGGAAUUAAUGGAACCCAUGGACGACCUUUUAAAAAAGAAAUCACUCGAAGUAAACUCAAAAAGUUCAGACGUUACCACAGAUUCCCCAACGUCUGAGAUAAAAGAUAAUCCAUCAACAGGCAACCCAACCGACAGUCGAACUGAUGCUCCCGAACAAAGCAGUACAACGUCAUACUCUGACCCAAUUUCACGUGCAGAACCGCAUCCAAAUGUGUCUUUGUCGUCUUACAAGGACACACCCUGUGAUUACAAACCGCUUCUGGCAAAAAACGUGCGACUUCCUGUAAUAACAGAUGCGUGGUUUUCAUUUGAAUUCGAAAGCUAUCUUUUAAAGGAAAUUCCAACGAAUGAGAUGAGGCAGGGGGAGGAGGACGGGCCUCUCUCAGCUCCCGUAUGCAGCAUGCCGAAAUGAUGGAAGGAUUGGACACGAAUAAACCAGGUCUGUAUGGUGAUAUAAAUGUCUAUCAAAGAAAGUUUAAAAGGUCCCUGAGUGGUAGAGCCACAGGGGAGCUUUGUUUCAUAUCUUGUUCUAAAACUUUGAACACUGAUGAAAUACGAAUCUUGGAAAGUUAUGUUUUUUUAAGGGCGAAAUUGGCCGAUCGGGAUAUGUACAUCAGUGGAAAUUACGUUAUUCCAAACACCUGUUAAAUAAUGACACGAAAAAAUAAUAACUUAAUUUUUUAUCUUGAUUAUGAGCUCGAAAGAUCUCACUAUCUAAGUGUUCAUCUUCCAGUCGUUUUUCAAAACUUAACAAAAAGACAGGCUAGUGUUGUUGUUUUGUUUUAUUUUGUUUGCAAAUGCACACAAGCUUUUCAAGUUACUCAUUAUCAAUUACGGAAUAGAUAGCGAAUAGCGUAGCUAAUUAGAUUGUAGCAUUUUUAGUAAAUUCUAAAGCUAUGUAUCCAAACAAGACACUGCAAAGAAAUGUUAAAUAUGUUAUUUUUUUCUCGUUUGGAAGGGGCAACAUGCUGAGAGCAAGAGUUAUUUCCGUCUAAGGCAACUGACCUUGCUUUUUGGGGGAUCACAUGAUUCUCAGAGGGAACAAAGGGGGUCAGUCGUCAUCGACAGAGCCUUUCAUAAAGGGAGCACUAUAGAAAAUUGACUCCCAUUAACAGCCAAUAAAGGUGGGAAGGGGGGGGGGGACAAAAACGAAAAUCCUCCUCCCUCCUCGAGGCGAUAAGGACGGGAGAAGUUUGCCGAAGGUCGACUUAUAAACGCCUAUUUUUUUGUUUUUUUGAAGCUAGAAACAGUGGAUUGUCUGAGUAUGUUUUCAUAUCUGAGCCAAAUUUGUGUUAAUGUUUUUCUUCUUCUACUCACCAUCUUCGCUAGAUCGACUUCACAGGCCACGAAAUCAACUUGUAAACGGCUAAGGUAACACAGUUCAUAACCAAUAUGGCUGAAAUCGUAUAACCAGUUUCCAACUGAAAACACGCCCUUUUUGGUUUUUGUGAAAGUAUUUCUGUGAUUUUAAAACAACCCAAAGAAUUAUUUUCGUUAUCGUUAAAAAUAAGUGGGAAAAUUGUGUUCCAGAUAAAUUUAUACAGCUUCUCUUAGGCUUUUUGUAAUUCAAUCAGCCACCUUCUUUUUUAUUACUUUGUUUCCAGGGAAACUGUAGAUAGAUGACUUUAAUUUGUGAAAUAAACACAAAUAGUGUGUGAAAAUUUUCAUCUUUCAUUUCCUGUCAUUUUCCUGUUUAGUCGUGCAAUUUUCCGUAGGCAUAAAAACCUGAACUGCUGACAAAAGUCCUUUUCUCGUACUAUGAUUCAAGUAUACAGCGAGGCUUACUUGAGGUUGUCAGGGCGAAGCGGGACAAGUUUGGGCCGCGCGAGGAGUGCGGAGCCUUGUCUAUCUCAGGAAGUUAUACAAAUAUAUGUACCACCGAAAAAGGCAGAUCCUUUUCUUCUUGCACCAAUACUAUUUGCAUGACAACGUCUGUGUUACUUAAUGUUCGUGACUGGCAGGUCUAUUUUCAAUGUCUCAUUUUAAAUUCUGACCUCGAAGAGAAUUGUCAUUCUUUUGCUUAUAAUCCUCAAAAGGACUCUGUCAGACUUUUAAAAACCUCAUGGCUCUCUCAACGGGAUAGAAAAAAAUUAAUUUAAUAGCACAUUAAUUAACCUAGAUGAACCACUCUUGAAGUACCAAUUUACCAGGUAGACACAACUUUAUUUCAGAGCGCAGGAACAAAUCAACGUUGAUAUAUACAUGUACAUUUAUCAAAACAUGAUCAGUCAUCCCCAUACAACUUUGUGAAGCGUUUUCAAAAUAAAUUAUAUUGAAAUUCACUUUUUUAGGCUUCCUUGCAGGUUUGGAAAUCAAAAUAAACAUAGGUUACUUCCAAAUACCAGGAAAUAUCCUAGUAGCCAAGUUAACUCCCAUCAAUAUGGUUGUUAUUACAGUAAAAAUUGACUCCGACAGAGAGAAGGACUGAUGCAACCUUAAAAAGUAUAGGCAGCGGUAAAGAUUUUUAGACAAAAGCUCUUUGGAAUGUUAAAAUUAU